AUGGACGUCUGCUUUAAAGGAACAGAGGAGUUCAUUGCUGUUUAUAUUGAUGACAUCUUGGUGUUCUCACCAGACGAGCAGACCCAUGAGAAGCACAUCUUGGCUAUGAUUGAGAUCUGCAGGAAGAAUGGACUGAUCUUAAGUCCAACAAAAAUGAAGAUUGCUGCAAUUCAAAUAGAUUUCUUGGGAUCCACAAUUGGACAUGGAGAAAUCAAGUUGCAGGCCCAUAUAAUAACCAAGUCCCUCCUCCAGAGACUUGAAGACCGGUUCACUUAUGACCAUAGAAUCAGUGGAGACGAAUAUGCAGAAAUUCAGGCCUUGUUAUCCAAUGAAGAAGAAGAUGCCAUGGGACAAGCCCAAACAGCUCUCCAACAGUUGGUCAAGAUACAACAGCUCAAGCUUGAAGCCGUAGCACGAGCCGCUGUUAGUGAUAACCACCACAGUGACAAACUGCCAGAGGUUUAUCAGCGAUGGCUGCAUGGAAGGAUGGGGAGGAAUCUGUAA